UAGUGGGGAAGGAAGAAGAUGAUGUAAUGUAUGUCUGGAUGUUGAAGCCGUACAAAAAUUGACAAGCCGGUCUCCAUCUUUCUUUCGAGUUACUCUGACAAAUCACUUCUGACCUGCAACCAUUAACCAAAAGCUAAAAAGAGAGCAGUAGAGGAUGAAGAUGGAGAUGAGAUCAGAUGGAGAUGACGAAACUACCUCUCACUCUCAGCACUAUAAAUGAAAAGUAGAGCAAACGUUAACCGUCUUUUGGAGCUUUCUACCUUUUCGACACAUUUGUUGAAACUUUUGCCUCUCUCUCUCUCUCUCUCUCCGAGAUGGCCUUGAAAGCCCACUCAUAAUUUUUUUUUAUCAUUUCCUUUCGUUUCACUUUCUUCCAUUGAGGAUUGAGCUUCUCUCUCUCCCUCUAUUUAUGCACAUAUCUAUAUAAAUAAAGUAACUAAACCGUGGGGUCGUUAAAGAGGGUCUGAGAUCUACUUGUAGGACUGGAGAUAGGGAUUGGCAUAGGAAGGAAAGGCCAGAGAACUACAGGAGAAGAAGAAGAAGAUUAGAUCUAAGCCAGGGGCAUGAAGACAGGUGUUUCAUUUACAGAGUUUGCCCUGUGGAAGUCAGUUGAGAAUCGGUUUUAUAUACUCUGUAAUGCAAGUAUACGGUGGAAUUUUUGCAUGAAUUGGAUUAAGCUUCUAGUCAUAUUCAGAUGAUGAAUAGAAACUUUAUUGGGUGUCAACACCAUCUGGGUUGGUAUUGAAGUAAUUUUGUUGAAGGCAUCUGUAUCUAAAACUGUGGGUAGUGUUUGAAGUUCUUUUAUCAUAAAAUUGCAUGCAAUUUGAAGCUAUUUGGUCUGAUUCAAGCAAGUUGCAUUAUAGGGCCUGGAAGACUGUCAUUACAUAUCUGGGUCAUCUUUGGGUGCCAUACCAGUUCAUCCAAGUUUGUUGGAUUAAACUUGUUCUUUAAUGUGGUUAAGUAUUGUUGACCCAAUGUUUCAGUGACUGACUUGUGAAGGUUGUAUAUCCUCUCCCCUACAAAUAAUGUUGGCAGGCUUGUGAUAUAUUAUUUACACUCAAUUGGGGGUCCUUCCGUUUCUCAGAAGUUUUGAUUAGUAUCAUACUGGACUGGUACCUCUGAAGAGUUCUGAUUCUAACAAUCUUCGGGGUAGUCUUAAUAUGGUACUUUCUGCUGUUGCACCUGUGCUUCUGAUUUCAAUUGUAUAUGUUGACCCUGGAAAGUGGGCAGCAAUUGCUGAAAGUGGUGCCCAUUUUGGGUUUGAACUGGUAGCAUGGAUGCUUGUUUUCAAUUUUGCUGCUAUUUUAUGUCAAUACCUGUCAGCUCGGAUUGGUUUGGUCACUGGACGAGAUCUUGCUCAGGUUUGCAGGGAUGAGUAUGAUAAGUUCACAUGUUUAUUCUUAGGAGUCCAAAUAGAGCUUUCUGUGAUUGUGCUGGAUCUUACCAUGAUCUUGGGCCUUGCACAUGGACUUAAUCUUCUUUUUGGGUGGGACCUGUUCUCUUGUGUCUUUUUGACUGCUAUCAAUACUAUUUUAUUUCCACUUUUUUCCAUCCUCCUGGAGAACAGCAAGGCCAAGUUCCUAUGCUUAUGCUUAUCAGGCUUUAUCUUGCUUUCUGUUGUUCUUGGAGUACUCAUCAGUCAAACAGAAAUUUCACUUUCCAUGAAUUGGAUGCUAACAAAGUUAUGUGGGGAGAAUGCAUUUGCACUGAUGAGUCUUCUUGGGGCAAACAUCAUGCCUCAUAACUUUUUUCUCCAUUCUUCUAUUGUACAGCAGUCUCAGGGAUCACCAAACAUUUCCAAGGAUGCCAUGUGUCAUAACCAUUUUGUUGCCAUCUUAUGCGUCUUCAGUGGUAUUUAUCUGGUGAAUUAUGUGCUGAUGAUAUCAGCAGCAAAUGUCUUCCCCGGCCUUGUCUUGCUCACUUUUCAGGAUUCAAUGUCACUAAUGGAACAGGUGUUUAGGAGUCCCAUUGCUCCCUUUGCCUAUUUAUUGGUUCUGUUUUUCUCUAAUCAAAUCACAUCAUUAAACUGGGGUCAAUGUGGACAAGUAGUUUUGCAUGAUUUCUUGAAGGUAGACAUUCCUGGUUGGCUUCAUUGUGCUACAAUCAGAGUUAUUUCUGUAGUUCCAGCCCUUUACUGUGUGUGGAGUUCAGGAGCUGAAGGGAUGUAUCAAUUGCUUAUAGUCACGCAGGUGAUGGUAGCUCUACUGCUGCCAUCUUCUGUGAUCCCUCUUUUCCGUGUUGCUGCAUCAAGACCAAUAAUGGGUGUCUACAAAAUCUCUGUGUUUGUGGAGUUUUUAGCCCUCAUCACAUUUAUUGGGAUGUUAGUCUUGAAGAUUAUAUUUAUGGUAGAAAUGAUAUUUGGGAAUAGUGAUUGGGUAGCUAAUUUGAGGUGGAACAUGGGGGGUGGUUUAUCUUUCCCUUACCCAGUUCUUGUUGUCACUGCUUGUGCAUCACUUGGUCUGAUGCUUUGGUUAUUAGCCACCCCAUUAAAAUCUGCAAGUGCUGGAUUUGAUGCUCAGCUGUACCGGGGUACACCGGAGGCUGUACCUGGUACAUCCACAGAGAGAGAGGAUACAGAUAUAACUGGAACUGGAUACCAUGGAGAGGCUCCUGUUCAGAAGCAAGAACCAUUAUCAGCACGAGGGAAGGAUUUGAAGAGUCAUUCAGAUAUGCCAGUUGGCUUUGAUGUUGAUUUGCCUGAACAUAUUAUGGAGCCUGAUCGAGAGAUCAAUUUGACUACUGUUGAGGAAAAUCGUUCUAAAGCUAUACUUUCUAGCUCCCCCAUAUGUGGCCUGGAUGGAUCAGCAGCCACGGUAGAGUCAGUUCCAUCAGUCCCACUUUCAACUGUUUCUAAUGAGGUUUCUGAUGUUAAAUUUCUGGACAACAGAACUGUGCAAGCUAAAUCAAUGGAACCUCUUGAGAAGACUGUGGGAAUUGAGGGAGAGCUACAAACUGAAAAAGAUGAUGAUGAGGGAGACACCUGGGAGUCUGAAGAAUCAUCUAAAGGUUUGUCUGGGAGCACCCAAUCUUUGAUAUCUGAGGGUCCAGGAUCAUUUAGAAGUCUCAGUGGGAAAGGUGAUGAAGGUGGGAGUGGUACAGGAAGUCUUUCAAGGUUAGCUGGAUUGGGUCGUGCUGCAAGGCGUCAACUUGCUGCAGUUCUUGACGAGUUUUGGGGGCAGCUGUAUGACUUCCAUGGCCAAGCUACUCAAGAAGCAAAGUUAAAGAAACUGGAUGUGGUUCUGGGAGUGGAUUCUAGAUCUGCUUCUUCAUCCCUAAAAGUGGAUACUACUGCAAAGGAGUUUUCUGGGAGCUUCCUGUCUGUAGGAGUUACGGGAUCUGAUAAUCUAAUCAACUCAAGUUUAUAUGAGGCUCCCACGCAGCAAAAUGUGCAAAGGAAUUCAGAUUCAUCGUAUGGGGUUCAAAGGGGAUCUUCAUCAUUGUGGUCCAACCCCGUGCAGUUUUUGGAUGCAUAUGUGCAGAAUCCAAGUCACAAUGUCCUUGACUCUGGUGAGAGGCGCUAUUCUAGUAUGCGCAAUGUACCAUCUACUGAAAGCUGGGAUUAUCAGCCAGCUACAAUACAUGGUUAUCAGAUUGCUUCCUAUCGAAUGGCUAAAGAAAGAAACUCUGAUCACUUGAAUAAUCCAAUGCAGUCAGCAGCCGUGAGUUCCCCCUCAUUGGGUGUUACAGGCUACAGAGAUUCAAUUGCAUUUGUGUUGGGGCAAAAGUUGCAAAAUGGGUCUAGCUCUGGUCAGCCCACCGGUUACCAGAACCCUGCAAUAUGCAGAGAAAGUCCAUUUCAUUCAGAAAGACCAGCUGAUAUUAUGGCAAGUUCAGCCAACACGAAAAAGUACCAUAGCUUGCCAGACAUGUCUGGAUUCUCUGUUCCACAGCAAGAUUUAUACGUGACUGAUAAGAGUGCUCAAUGGGACCAUCCCAUUGGAUAUGGAUCCUCUGUCGGUAGAACAGGUUAUGAACUGCCUUUACAUCCAAAUCCAAACUUGGGAUCAAGGACCGGAGCUCCUUUGGCAUUUGAUGAACUCUCUCCAUCAAAAAUUUACAGAGAUGGUUUUUCCUCGCAGUUGAGCCCCACUAUAGAAACUGGAUCCCUUUGGUCUAGACAGCCUUUUGAGCGGUUUGGUGUAGCUGACAAAAAUCUUAAUGUUGGUAGCGGAGGAGUUGGAAGUAGGCCAAGUUCAAUAACUCAAGAAGCAACUUCUGUUGUGAAUUCAGAGGCAAAGCUUCUUCAGGCUUUCAGACAUUGCAUUGUGAAGUUACUGAAAUUGGAAGGAUCUGAUUGGUUGUUUGGUCAAAAUGAUGGGGCUGAUGAGGAUCUAAUAGACCGUGUGGCUGCAAGGGAGAGGUUUUUGUAUGAAGCUGAAACUAGAGAAAUGAAUCGGGUGGUUCACAGGGGUGACCCUCAGUAUUUGUCUUCUGAGAGGAAAUCUGGUUCUGCAAUGAGGAAUGAUGAGGUGAGUUUCAAAAACUUUUUGAUUUCCUCUGUUCCUCAUUGUGGGGAGGGCUGUAUUUGGAGACCAGAUUUGAUAGUAAGCUUUGGGGUGUGGUGCAUCCAUCGGAUUCUUGACCUGUCACUCAUGGAAAGCCGUCCAGAGCUGUGGGGGAAAUAUACUUAUGUACUCAACCGUCUUCAGGGGAUCAUAGACGCGGCUCUUGUGAAACCACGUUCUCCAAUGUCCCCGUGCUUCUGCCUUCAGAUCCCUGUGGCGUUCCUGCAGAAAUCAAGCCCACCUGUUUCAAAUGGAAUGCUACCCCCAGCUUCAAAACCGGGCAGGGGGAAAUGCACCACUGCAGGGAUGCUCCUAGACAUGGUUAAGGAUGUAGAGAUUGCAAUUUCUUGCCGAAAGGGCAGAACAGGCACUGCAGCUGGUGAUGUGGCUUUCCCGAAGGGAAAAGAAAAUCUGGCUUCUGUACUCAAACGCUACAAGCGACGAUUAUCCAGCAAACCUGUUGGUGUUCAUGAGGCUUCUGGGCCGCGCAAGGUUCUGACAUCUGCUCCAUACAGCUCAUAGCUUGUUGCCAUCAGUUUGCUUCUAGUGGUUCAGUGAUUAUAGUGCUGCUUGAUUUCAGACAGCAGCUCAUGGUCCGGAUCAUCUGACCUCAGUGAUUUGAGGACUCUCUCUCUCUCUCUCUCUCUCUCUCUCUCACUGAUUGUGUAUCAAAGUGUUGUUGCAAAUUUUAUUCCCAUAUGUUGCAUAUACAUGGGAUGAGAAUUGGUGGAUGUGUAAUUGCAGAAGAAUCAAUCAAAAGGGUAAGAAGAAAGGUUGAAAAAUGAUAAUUGCAGUUGUUGUUUGGGUA